AUGCAAACAUUGGGCACAGUCCAGGCGUACCUUGAAAUUCAUCAGUUAUCGACUUAUACCUCUCGAGAUAUUGGUUGGAUUGCUGGAGUCUUUACGUCUCUGGCUCUUUUUCUUGGCAUUCAGAUUGGCCCCGUCUUCGAUACUUUUGGCGACGGUUUCCUGGCGCCCCUAGGAUGUGCCCUCUACAUCCCGGUAUUCUUCUUGCUCGCACAAUGCGAAGCGUACUGGCAUUUCAUGCUGACCCUCGGUGUACUUGGUGGUGUUGGCGCUGGGAUCAUCUCCGUGGUCGGUGUGGGAGUCAUUGGCAAUCGCUUCAUACGUCGACGAGGAAUCGCAAUGGGCUGCGCACUGAGCGGGUCAAGCAUCGGAGGCGUCGUCAUGCCAUUAAUGCUACGCUCGCUGCUACCCAAGGUCGGCUGGGCAUGGUCCAUGAGGGCCGUCGCAUUCAUGGUUGCAUCAGCAUUAAUCGGAGGCGUCAUGUGUUUGCGUGCGCUACCCCCGAGACGACGAUCUAGCACCAGAUACUCGGGUGCUGCUCUCAACUUUACAGUGUUUACUAGUGGGUCAUUCGUAUUUGUGACUAUUGGCCUCUCGGCCCUCGAGUUUGCGGUAUUCGGCAUGUUUUCGCUGCUGCCUACCUAUGCCAUCAAAGCGAACUUUUCUUCCGAUACCGGUUUCGUGCUGCUUGCCAUUGCAAAUGGGACAUCUUGCAUAGGGCGCUUGAUUCCUGGUCUCGCGGGCGACAAAUUUGGACCUUUCAAUAUGCUUCUCUGCAUGGUUCUGUUCACAGCAAUUUUCACCGCCAUCAUCUUGGUGCCAUUCGGGUCAUCUUCAUUGGCCGCCAUCUAUGCAUUCUCAGCAAUUUGGGGAUUCGGUAGCGGAUCAUUCAUAUCAUUGACGCCAGUGUGUAUGGGCAAAAUCUGCCAUGCCGACGAUUAUGGGCGAUACUUUGGUAGAUUUUCCAAUUUUAACCCAAUUGAUGGACAAAACUGA